AUCAUUUUAGACUUCCAGGGACAUGGGUAUUUAUUUUUCUUAUAGAAUUGCAGGUACAUGAGACAGCACCGCAGCUAUGAGCGGAAUUUUAAAGAGGAAGUUUGAAGAAGUUGAUGGCUCUUCACCCUGCUCCUCGGUGCGGGAAUCAGAUGAUGAAGUUUCCAGCAGUGACAGUGCUGACAGCGGAGACAGUGUCAAUCCGUCCACUUCGAACCAUUUCACCCCUUCCUCCAUUCUCAAAAGGGAGAAGCGGCUGAGGACCAAGAAUGUGCAUUUCAGUUGUGUCACGGUGUACUACUUCACCAGGAGGCAAGGCUUCACCAGCGUGCCCAGCCAGGGGGGCAGCACCCUGGGCAUGUCCAGCCGCCACAACAGCGUCCGCCAGUACACGCUGGGCGAGUUCGCCAGGGAGCAGGAACGGCUGCAUCGGGACAUGCUGAGGGAACACCUCAGGGAGGAGAAGCUGAACUCCUUAAAGCUAAAGAUGACUAAGAAUGGCACGGUAGAAUCUGAAGAGGCCAGCACUCUUACAGUAGAUGACAUUUCUGAUGAUGAUAUUGAUUUAGACAACACAGAAGUAGAUGAAUACUUCUUCCUACAACCUCUGCCGACAAAAAAGCGAAGAGCUCUGCUGCGGGCUUCUGGAGUGAAAAAGAUCGACGUUGAAGAAAAGCAUGAGCUGAGGGCUAUCCGUCUAUCACGAGAGGACUGUGGCUGUGACUGCAGAGUGUUCUGUGAUCCAGAAACCUGUACCUGUAGCCUUGCGGGCAUUAAGUGUCAGGUGGAUCGUAUGUCUUUUCCAUGUGGCUGCACUAAAGAAGGAUGUAGUAACACAGCAGGUAGAAUUGAAUUUAAUCCUAUCCGUGUCCGGACUCAUUUUUUGCACACCAUAAUGAAACUUGAACUGGAGAAAAACCGAGAGCAGCAAAUAUCCACACUGAAUGGCUGCCAUGGUGAGUUAAGUGCUCACAGCAGUGCCAUGGGUCCUGUUGCCCAUUCUGUAGACUAUGCCAUUGCAGACAAUUUUGAGAUUGAGACUGAACCUCAGGCUGCAGUGCUGCACCUGCAGUCAGCUGAGGAAUUAGAUUGCCAAGGAGAGGAAGAGGAGGAAGAGGAGGAGGAUGGAAGCAGCUUUUGCAGUGGAGUCACCGAUUCCAGCACACAGAGCCUGGCCCCUAGUGAAUCAGAGGAGGAGGAAGAAGAGGAAGAAGAAGAAGAGGAGGAGGAAGAGGAGGACGAAGAAGACAAAAGAGACAGCUUUGUGGAAGGUUUGGGCACCCAUGCUGAAGUUGUCCCUCUCCCUUCAGUCCUGUGUUACUCUGAUGGCACUGCUGUUCAUGAAAGCCACACAAAAAAUGCUUCUUUUUAUGCCAACUCUUCAACUCUGUAUUACCAAAUAGAUAACCACAUUCCAGGAACUCCUAGCCAGAUCUCUGAGAACUAUUCUGAAAGAGACACUGUAAAAAACGGUACCCUUUCGUUGGUGCCUUAUACCAUGACCCCAGAGCAAUUUGUUGACUAUGCCCGACAAGCAGAAGAGGCCUAUAAUGCUUCCCACUACCCAGCUGCCAACCCCUCUGUAAUCGUUUGCUGCUCCUCUUCUGAAAAUGAAAACGGGGUGCCCUGCAAUAGCUUGUAUCCUGAGCACAGGUCUAAUCAUCCGCAAGUAGAAUUUCACUCAUACUUGAAAGGCCCUUCCCAGGAAGCAUUUGUCUCCACAUUGAAUGGUGACAGUCAUAUUUCAGAGCAUCCUGCUGAAAAUUCUUUGAGCCUUGCAGAAAAGAGCAGAUUGCAUGAAGAGUGCAUCAAAUCACCCGUGGUGGAAACUGUUCCUGUCUAGUUGCUUAAUUUAUUGUAUUAUAGGACCAGCUCCUCUCCUAUUUAAGGCACUGUAUUUAAUUGGAUCUCCUAGGCUCAUUGUUAUUUAAACCGAAGACUAAGAAAACUCGGACUGUGAUUAAUCUUCCAGACAUUUUCUUUUCUCCUUUCUAGCUUCCUAAGUAUGGCAUUGCACAAAUACAGUCGGUAUGGGGAUUUUAAAAGAUUUCAGACUGUUUUGAUAGAAUAUGCUACAUUUUAGAAAUGCAUAUCUCACAGUUGCCUACCUGUCAAACUGUGUGAAACCUGCCAAACUGUGCAGAUCAGAGCUCCAAGUUUUGGAAUAACGGGCCUGUGCAAGAUUGUUAACUAAAACUAGAAAAAUAAUAAGAUUUUAAAGUCUUAAUUUUCGAUAUAUCUGAAGAUGAAAGUGACUUUUUCCAUGUAAAAGUAAUUAUUGUCAAAACAUGAUUUACUUGUCUCAUGUGUAUUUUAUUUAUGGUAGUUUAGGAAUCAUGUUUCGUUGCAAAUGAGCAGCAGCACGUUCCUGCAAGCUGAAGAUACAAACAUAGCUAGCACCACAGAGCAUGCCCACAUGGACUGCAUCGGGAAUCCACUCCCGUUUUUAUGAACAUGACUGAACAUAUUUGCAAAUACUUUCUUAAGGAUGAAAAAGGCCUAUUUUUGCUAUUUUGGACACAUAAAUGAGUCUAUAUGUGCAGGUCUUUACACAGUUUUCUCUCAAGUUAAGACUUAGGACAAUCCUCUAGGGAGGGCCCAGUUUGCUGCCUUC